UGUUGUUGUAUGCCGGGGGCUAAUAAGACACUUCGAGCAUUGGUAGCCUUUCUGUCUCAAGCAUUUUUUUUUGCAAGCCUAAUUCGUCAGCGCACAGUUUGACUUGUCUCGUCGACCCAUCCGCGCGCCGCUCCGGCAACAUCCCCCGCAGGCUUUGUUCUUCGAUGGCGGUGCCAGCGUUCGAUGAAUCUUGGCUCCAAGACCCAAUAUUGGCGGGUGGCGUGGCACCACCAUGCGUGCCACCGACGUUCGGCGUAAUGUAUUCUCGCAAGCCAAUGUACGAGCCAAUGUACUCUCGUAAGGUUGGCGUCGUGAGGGCCCGCACACCGCAUCCCGAGGACCUGGGCGGCCUGCCGCGCGCUGGAGUGGCGUCCGUGGAGCCAACCGAUUCGCGCACCCCUGCCGGCGCAGAGUGGGGCGGCCCGGAGCGCGCGAUGGGGGCGCUCGCGGAGCCGGAUGCCUCGUGCAGCCCUGACAGUGCUUGUGCAGAUUCGCCCGGGGCAGGCUGGGACGCGUCCCAGGCCUUGAGAGGUGCGAUCGGGGCAGUGGUGGUGAUUGCGCGCCGGAAGCUGAGCGGCGAGGUCUCUGCUCAGAAGUUCUCAGAGAUCACCACGGAGACCACGCCAGUGGCGCCGGCCUCGCCACCACGGCGCACGUUCAAAUUCAGGGCUCGGUCGUAUGUGCGCAGCAAGAAGACCAGCUGCGCAACAGAGCCAGUGGUGCAUGGCUGAUUUUUGCUUCACGCCCCAGAGGAGAACGCGUUGCCGCGGUGCAGAAGCCAUUCGAUCUUGGGAUAAUGAGGGGGUCGUUUUGCCAGCAGGUGCCCACAGUAAAGGGUAGGUCGAGCGAGACAUUUUAGCGGAACCUGCCAUUAGGCUGGACAGGCCCUGGCCGCACUCGGACGCUCGUCCUGUGCUGGUUCAGCCCUGGAUGGUUGGGGUUGAGGGGAGGCAGCAGGGGACGUCCAAGAAUGCACCUUCCCUGACGACAGUUUUUCAAUGCUACUGUCUGAUUUUGAAGCAGCAAGCCGUCGGGUCCGUGGGCUCGGUAGUUCGGCCGCGUGUGAGACACUCGUCCCUGCGGUCGACCAAAUCUAGGGAUCGACUGGCGUGCUUGGCCGAGGGCGGAUGGCGAGCAGAUGUGGAAUUGCAGGGGCUGGUCUCAGUCUAGAGACUUCAGCGCGCCGCGGGCGUCGUUGGACCUUUUGCCUGGGCUUGCGAGACCGAGACUUUGCGACCACGAGUUUCACGCCUGGGUUGCCUGCCCAGAAUGCUGGAAAGCGAUUUCCCAGGUCUUCCAGGGAUUUUCCACAUUCCAGCAGUCGUCAGCCAGGCAAGGAUGCCCGCCUACCUUUCAGUAUGAGGGGGGGAGGGGGCUGGGAGGAUUCGAGGAUGAGGAGGGUGUGAUAUUCGGAGGGUGGCGUGCUGUCCGGCAGGAUGGCUUGCUUAGAUUUUUGUUCGUUAUCCCUCUCCAUCUCCAUCUCCCCCUCGUUUUUUUUUUUUGUUGUUCUCUCUCUCUCUCUCUUUCUCUUUCUCUUCCUUCCUCCCCUUCUUCCCAUCUUUCCCUGCUGUUAGCAGGGGACGCGUGAGAGGAGCGAGCGACUCAACGACAUUUGCACUUGUGCGUUUUAGAUUUUUCAUCCUCUUCUGUGCCAUAGUCAGGGGGCGGGCACGAGCGCAGUGAGCGCAGUGGCCAGUGCAAACAGAGGGGCAUCAUGUUCUACCUGUGCAGAGCCUGGCACGUGCAAGCAUCGGUUUCUUUAUUUCGCGCACCACGCUGGGUAGCAAAACCCGCACGAACGCGCUGAGUACGCUGCAUCUCAACGUUGCUCGCAGGGCGCGGUUGCACCGCUUUGAAAUCGCCGUGCAACAGAAAAACACCGUUCUUCCUCCUGUGUGUUGACAAUGGCCAGGCGUCGCGUGCAGUUGCCGUCCCAACUGGUAGCGCGCUGGUUCGUUGCUUGCUGGCCUGGACGGCACAGCGCUGCACAGCGGAGCAUCGGCCCACCCCUCUCGACUGGGGUUGGGGAUCAGCCUUAGACCUGUUCUCGCGUGCCCGUGAUACGAGCGGCAUGCGCGCCCGCCAACCAGACCACUAGCAGACCAGGCGGCCAGGUCCGAGGGAAUUCGCACAAGCAUUAUGUGUGGCGACUGUUCAAGGGGGCAUGGGAGGCCGUCACGUGUGACACCUCGUGUAUCCAGGCUUGGGAAAGCCGUG